AUGAGUAAUUCAUUUGAUGAACAAUUAUCAAAUGUGAAAUUGAAACCAAGCAAAGACAAAACAAAAGAUUUUAGUGAUCCAAAAUUAGCAGGCUUCAUUACAAAAGAUCAAAUAAGUACAUAUCAAAAGAAUGCUCUAGAAGCUAACAUGGAAGAAUGGCAAAUCGUUAUACGCGACAUAUCUUACGUAAAAAAGGAAAUAAAUAGUACAACUGGUAUUAAAACUUUAAAGGGUUCAGCUCUACAUCAACAAAAUAUAUUAGUUCGUACACUUGAACCAGCUCGACAUAGUUUAAAAUUAGCAAAUACACAUUCACCAAAAUCUAUAUCUUUACAUGAUAAUGAACAAUCAUUAACUGGAAAAUCAACAAUAGCGACACCAUCGACAAUACAUGAAAGUGAUGAAGGAAUCGUUGAAAAUAACAGUGAUGAUGAUGAAGAUGCAGCUCGAUCAUCAAAUACAAUUGAUGAUUAA